AUGCCACCUACGCCAUCCGCCGCCAGCACCAGCAACCUCAGCCUCUCCAUCACUAAUCCACUCGUUCUCUACCGGACUCUACUAGCCACCAACCGCCUCAAACCUGACCCAGCACAACACCGCCUCGCUCUCCAACUCCAGAAACUCUACUUCCGCCUAAAGGACUACCGGCCUGAAGUCGAGUACCGCCGGCGCCUUGAACGCGUGACACGAGGCCUCGCCUCCACCAAACGAACUUCAUCUCUUACCCUACAGAAUGGCUCCCAGCAGGGGCCUAGGCCUACCCGUGCCGGCACCUCACCACCGCGCCAACCCACCAACAGCUCCCUUUGGGCCGCCCUCACCAACCGCCAGCACACAACGCCAGAGAUGAAAGCCCUCCUCCCCAGCACGCCCCUCCACGACACCGCUCUCGCCAUCAACUCGCCCCAGGGUAUGCUCCUGUACGGCGAAGUCGGCCGCGGCAAGUCCAUGCUUUUGGAUCUGCUCUUCAACUCGCUCCCAUCAGACCGCAAACGUCGCUGGCAUUUCAGCACGUUCAUGCUGGAUGUCUUCCGGCGAUUGGAGAUGGAGAGGAUGGCGAGACUUGAGCAGUCCAGGCGCUCGUCGGGGAGUGUGCUCGGGGCAGGGCUGGAGCACGAGCACGUCGUCCUAAGUCUGGCACGGGAGACGGUCGAGACGAGUCCCGUGCUGUUUCUGGAUGAGUUCCAAAUGCCGGAUCGGGCGAGUAGUCGGUUGGUGAAUUCUUUCUUGAUGGGGUUCUUUGGUUUGGGUGGUGUUUUGGUGGCGAGCUCGAAUCGCAUGCCGGAGGAGUUGAGUCGCGGGGUUGGUGUGAAGUUUGUGGAUAGUCAUUAUCCUGGUAGUGGUCCUGGGAAGUGGGGAAGAGGAGGUUGGGUGGGAAAUAUGUUUGGUCAGAGGCAGGAGGAGAGGAAGAGGGACGAGACGGAGAGGUUUGCGGAGGUGUUGAAGGCAAGAUGCGAGGUCUGGGAGAUGGAGGGGCAGACGGACUGGCGAAGGGAACUGGACAUUGACGACGCUGCCGAGGAUGGCGCCACUACUACUGCUGAUGCUGUCUCUGCACAAGAGAUUGAGCCUUCACGGGCUGCGUCACCGAAUACAAGCGACGAGAACAUCAUGAAGGACGGCCGACACGCCACAUCGAUCGACACAAUCGAUACUCCUCCAGCAACAACACCAGCAACCCUGCCCUCUUCAGACUCGCCGCCACACUACCAUCUCUCAACCCUCGAUCCCGCCUCCUUGGCCGCGGACAUCAACCUCCUCAACCCUACCGCCCAAUGGCAGCCACUCUCCCUCUCAAUCUACACCCGCACUCUCACCUUCCCACAGACCUACUUUCCCACUCCUUCGACCAACCUUGCCACCACAGCAACAGCAGGCGGAACGCUCCUUUCCCCGUUCACACCCCUCCUAACAACUUACCUCGGCCCCGCCGACUACGUCUCGCUGGCGUCCACAUUCCACAGCGUCAUCCUCACCGACGUGCCCGUGCUGACUUCCUCGACCAAGAACGAGGCGAGAAGGCUGAUCUGGCUGAUUGAUGCUCUUUAUGAGGCAGGAUGUAGGUUAGUGAUUAGCGCGGAGGCGCCUGUCGAUGGGCUCUUCUUUCCUGAAAGAAGAAAGAAGCUCAGGCAGGAUAGAGGCGGUGUGGGGAGAGGGGGAUCCAGUGCGAGUGAAGGUGAGCGAAGCGAACGUUACCUCACAGGCGAGACAUUGGAAGGGUAUGAGAGCGACAGCAUCGACUCGGAAGCCAUGUCGGAAAUGUAUCAGGAUAGUACGGCGCCGUUCCGGCCGAACGUGAGUAGUUACGGAGGCGGAGGAAGCGAGGAGUGGCGGAGUGCAGAUCCGACCUUUGCGCCCGCCGUACCCAACAACAAUUUUCAUACUCUCGGGGCCAGCAACAAAGAUGAUGGCUUCGGCGGGUGGAAAGGCCGUAACCGCAACAUCCUCGCGGACGAAGACGCAGACUUCGGUCCGACCUACGGCAAUGGGCGUGGACAUGGUGCUAGCGCGAGCCAGGAAGGUCUGGAGGAUGUGCUUCGUCGACAAGGCUUGAGUGUUGGCGCUGCGCCCGGGCUCGACACGGUGGGCGCGGGUCCGGAUUUCACGGAUACGAGGGUGCUUACUGGCGAGGAUGAGAGGUUUGCGUAUAAGCGGGCGAGGAGUAGGUUGUGGGAGAUGUGUGGACGGCGUUGGUGGCGGGCACGCACUGAUCAUAAUAUUGGCGAGUGGUGGCGACCUGAGGGAGGGCAGGGGUUGGGUGGAAGUGAACGAUUCUGGGAGGGUAGGCUGGCGGAGAAUCAUGCUGCAGCUGUUGAGAAGGUGGUGCAAGAACUCCAAUCCGAGCAAGCGGGUUCGGAGUCAACGCAUGAUAGUGAGGGAAGUCAUCAUGACGAGACGAGGCGGGUCGAUGCUUUGAGGGACGCUGAAGACGGCCUGACUGGUGCUACGGGUACCAGUGGUACGUCUGGCCAAAAUGGAGAAGGGCUGUUCCGACACGGCGCAAGUCCAUAUCGCACAAUCGAGGAGGCGCCGCCGAAGUUCGGCUGGCAGCAUGCGUGGGGGAUGAUGACUUGGGGUAAGAAGGCUGGGGAGUGGGGAAAGGGUGUUGAAGGGGAUCGUAUAAAGGAGAAGGGAAAUGGCGAAGUGAAAGGGGCAGGUGAGGGUGAGAAGUGA